GUGGAGGAAAGCUGUAGGACAGCAGUUGUACACACUUUAUGUUUGUAGGCUGUACGAAGACAACUCCAACACCGUACACAACACAACUCUUUGUCAACACUGUUUGAGCCUGUUGUCGUGUGCAUCAGACGACGACGACGAUAAGCGUGGAACCUGAUGGCGGUGUUGGUGCUGCUGUGUCUCCUGGUGAUGGCGGCCUUGUGUCAAGGCCAACAGUGGGUGCAGGUGAAUGGUCAACUGCUCCACGUGUCCACCGGGCCGUCUGGAGUGUGGGGCGUCAACGUGGAGGGUCAGAUCUACUACCGCGAGGGCACCUACCUCAGUGCCAGCUCAAGGGGCUCGGGCUGGAGGAAUGUUCCAGGCAGACUCAAGCAGCUGGAUGUGGGCACCAACAGCGUGUUCGGCGUCAACGACAAGGACGAGAUUUAUUAUCGAACUGGCAUCAAGAUGAACCCACCCCUCGGCACAUCAUGGAUCCGUGUACCUGGCUCUCUCAGGCACAUCACCGUCUCUCCCUCAGGUGCUCUGUGGGGCGUGAACGAUCAUGACCAGGUGUUUUACAGGGUGGGGGCAGCAGUCGGCAGUCCACUGGGCCUCGCUUGGCGUCAGGUAGACGGCGCCUUGACGCAGAUUUCUGCAGGUGAGGCAGGUGUAUGGGGAGUCAACUCUGAUGACCGCAUCUUCUACCGGGAGGGCACGUUUGGUGACAACGGAAUUAUCGGAUGUUCUUGGACACAAGUACCCGGAGCUCUAGUUUACGUCACAUCCGGCUCAGGAUUUGUGCUGGGGGUCAACAGGGACAACAACAUCUAUCUUAGAGUCGGAAUCACUAGGGCCAACCCUACAGGUGACAGUUGGGUCCUGAUGAGCGGCAGGCUGACGAUGAUUGAACAGUACAGCACCACCCUGUGGGGGGUCAACAGCAAUGAUGACAUAUACACGUCGCCAGUUUCACCUCCACCAAAGCAAGAACGAAAACAACAACAACAACAACAACAACAACAACAACAACAACAACAACAACAACAACAACAACAACAACAACAAAACCCAAGUAGAACAUACUUCAAAGACGAAAUUUCUGCUGACAUCUUUUUAAAGUAAUGAAAGAUAAAAGAGUGAUGUAGUUGUGAGACCUCUAGAAAGGUCAGCCACCAUUGCUGGCAGAAAGUGUCUGUUUAGAAAUAAAAAGAAAAUUUGGA